UUGAGGAACCUGUUGAACUGGAAUGAAGUCCAACGUUCGUUACAUAUGGAUUUCAUGUCUGUGUCGCUGAUCUAUGGAGGAUGGACGAGAUGAUUAUAACUCCACACAGAGGACAGCGUUGGAGUUCAGACUGUAUAAGAGAAGAUGGUUCAUAUUGCUGGUACUUUGCCUGCUAAACUGCUCCAAUUCAGUGCUAUGGCUGACAUUUGCUCCUGUAGCAGACCAGACAGCAGAGCAUCUGCAUGUGACUUUGGACCAGGUCAACUGGCUCUCUUUGGUCUACAUGGUGGUGGCCAUCCCGCUGAGCUUCAUCACCACAUGGAUGCUGGAUACAUGGGGACUACGGCCUACCAUGAUUCUAGGUUCGUGGCUCAACAUGGCCGGCAGUGUACUGAGGGUUGUGGGUGUUCUCAGCUAUCUGCCAGACUAUACCCAAUUCCCCAUUGUGAUGGCAGGACAGACUCUAUGCUCUCUGGCUCAACCUCUGGUGAUCUUCUCUCCAACCAAACUAGCAGCUCUGUGGUUUCCCGAGCACCAGCGCGCUACAGCUAACAUGAUCGCCUCAAUGUCAAAUCCCCUUGGACUGCUUUUUGUUAAUAUCUUCUCCCCAUUGAUCCUUAAUAGAACCAACAGUCUUUUCAUGCUGCUCCUUAUAUAUGCUAUACCUGCCUUCGUAAUCUGCUGCCUUGCAACAGUGGGCAUCCAGGAGAGCGUUCCCCCAACACCACCUUCUGCCAGUGCAGAAACCUCCAGCUCCGAACCUUUCCUACAAGGGAUUAAACUGCUGCUGAAAAAUAAAGCCUAUAUGAUCCUGCUGGUGUGUUUCGGCUCAGGCAUCGGCAUCUUCACCUGUUUCUCCACACUUCUUGAGCAGAUUCUCUGCGUCAAGGGCUACGCAAACGACUUUGCAGGUUUGUGUGGUGCUCUCUUCAUCGUGUUUGGGGUGCUUGGAGCUGCUAUCCUUGGCUAUAUUGUGGACAAAACAAAGCUGUUCACAGAAUGCAUAAAAAUCAGCAUGUGCCUUACAUCUCUGGCCUGCACCAUGUUUGCAGUGGUUUCUCAAUUAAGGGAGCAGAAAAUCGUAAUUGGUUUAGUUUGUGCUUUCUUUGGCUUAUUUGGAUUCGCCACCUAUCCGGUUGCCAUGGAGCUGUCAGUCGAGUGCUCUUACCCUGUUGGAGAGGCGACGUCGGCAGGGCUUGUGUUUAUUUCAGGGCAGAUCCAGUCCAUUGUGUACACCGUACUGUUACAGGCUCUGACGACAAAACUGACACACUCCUCGCUGUCUGUGUGCGCUGCAGGAGAUGAUGCCAGCCUGAGCUGGAUGGUGCCUGUGCUGGUGAUGGCUGGAUUGUGCUGCUUAGCUUCCUGCUCCUUUGUCAUCUUCUUCCACACACAAUACAGAAGACUUAACGCAGAGGCCGAGGUUGCCGAAAAGCACUCAGCACAGACGCAAAGAGUGAUGAAAAACAGCACAGAUGCAUAAGAUACAGCCUCCAAGCGAAGCAUCCAGCAGCAUAAAUAGGAAAAGCCAGCAGCAGAAACCACUGCUAAGUUCCUCUGUACUGUAAUUAACCUUUUACCUCUGUAUUGUAACUAGUUUGCAUUGUAAGUUCAGAUGUUUCUAAACUCAGGUGGGUUUUUCUAUUUUUAUUUACUGACAUAUUUAGUUACUUUCUAAAUUAUUUAAACAUGAAGUACAUUUUUAAACAGUCAUUCAGUUACAUUUACUAAUUUGGACAUUCGUGUACAGGUACUAAAGCCUCAACAUUUCAAAAUGUACUAAGAUUAGAAAUAAUCAUGCUACUCUUUUUUUCUAUGUAUUACAGAACAUAGAAAAGGUGUCAAAUGGCAAACUGCAUUGAUUUUAAUCAUACAAAGUGGUAUAGAUUUAAUUUUAUUUAUAUAAUAUAUAUGCAUGGUAUGAAUAAAAUGUGGGUGUGUUUACAUACAUCACAGACAAGGGGUCUUAGAAUGAAUGUGAAAACCACUAACUGGGUCUAUUGAGUGAAUCUGGGGCAAUUAUUUUUAUUAUUAAGUGAUGCUGCGCAUUCAUUCUUGAGAAAUGUAUUUAGAGCAUGUUACUAUAUGGCACUUUAAGAUCAUUUAAAUAUUUCAUUUUCAGAUAGUCAUUUUCCAAUUUGCUUUAAAAAGGUGAGACAAAAACACAUUAAAAGUUUAAGAUACAUUAAAUAAGCAUGAUGCUUAGAUCUGUCAAAGAACAUUGAGGAACAAAGGACUCCUAUUACAGAACAGUAUGCAGUGUGAAGAAUUGUUUAAAAAACUAAAUUCUGUGAUUGCUGAUGUAUUUGAUCUCACCGCAUGAUGAAUGUUGUGGGUGAAAUAGGUUUGCGCCUUCAACUAGGUGCUCAUGAUGGUAGGUGUGCGAGGUAAACACACCAACCCUCCCAAUAAAAUCAUUCCAGUGAGGCCAUCCUUAAAAACAUUUUGGUUAACAGUUUUAAAAAAAAAAAAAAAAGUAAAA